AUGGGCUCGGAAAUGUCAAUUGAGUCUUUGCAAGCAGAGCUGAGAAUCAACCUAUCGAAACUCGAACAAUCCAUCACGACUGCAGAAAACACACAAAUCCACGACGAAGAGCAAUCCGCUUUGGCCGCAUUCCGGGUAGUCACCACACUUGCACAAUUUACUACAAGUCUCGCGAAUCGGACUCCCAAAGAUGUUGUAGACGCUGAAGAUGUGGAGCUCGCACUGGUACUAUCAGCGCUGGCCGGUCAAGAUGAUCUCCCCCUAACCGCUUCCCAAUCGAAUAUUGCUUUUACACGCCUUCAAAGCGAUAUUGAGGGAUUGAUAGCUGCGCUUAAGAUUCAACUCGAUCACCACAUGCAGGCAACAGUCCAGCUUUCUCAAAUUUACAGUUCUGAUGUUCUCGAACUUCAGAAAAAGAUCUCUUCCAAGCAAGCGAGCAUUGAGUUGCAACUCAAAGAAGCCGAGGACUACGUUCCAAAAGCUAUCCAGAAGGUCAAUCAUAUGGUCGCUGAAAUCAGAAGUCAACAAAGUCAGCUGGAAUCCCUGGGUUAUAGUAUAGAACAAAAUGCUCAGGCUGCGAAGGAAGAUUUCAUGGAGGGCACCGCUGCUGGUGUUGUGGGUCUUGGAUUCCUUGGAGCCAGCGCUGCAUUCCCUCCGUUGUUAGUCGGCGCUCUAGCUUUUCAAGCAAUUAAUUGGUUUAAGAUCGGAAUAGGUAAUAGUAAAAAUAAGAAGGCGAAACGACUUCUCGAGAUGCACAAUAAUACAGCAAAAGCGAUCCAGGAUGAGGUCAAGACGAUAGAGCAAGUAGCGGAGAAGUGUAAAAGCCUGCCAGACGAGAUUGAAAAAAUAAAGGGACUUCAAGGACAAGCAGCCAAGUUGGUCCAGCAUGCACAGGAUAUGGUAAAACUGGCACAAGACGAAGAACGUGUAAAUGCCGAAACCCAGAAUAACGCAGUCGGUGCGAUAAGAGCCGUUCAAACAUCAUGUCUGGGUGUUCACGCUGUCGAUAUCACAACCACGAGACCAAGGCUAGUGGAAGUCGUCGGGUUGUUGACGCUUGAGAUAGGGCCAGCUGCUUACAGCCGUGCUCGAAGUCUGAAAGCUCCUCAACAGGAACACGUCUGCAGAUUGGCGGUCUUGAGUCUUCUCAAGGAUAUAGAGAGGCUAGGAGCUUGUAUGCCACCAUCUGACUCGCUGCGAAAAGUUUGCGGCCAUGUUAGACUGAGCAACCUUAGAUCUACACUGAACAGUUUAGAACGUCGGGACCAACAAAUUAGCUUAGAGAGUAUAUCUCUACAUUCGGACUCUGAAACAUUGGUGGGUAUUGUAGCUGUGACAAACAUUUCAUACCACAAAUGCGUACGUAUUCGUUUCAGCAAUGACAACUGGACAACACAAGCAGAGAGGACAGCAGAGUACUCCCAAUCCCUCACCAUAACUGCGAAGGACGGGAGGGACAGGUUUGUAUUUAAUGUUGACCUUGGUAACGACUUAUAUCAGGGAACGAAUCGGUUUAGCUUUUGCCUUCGUUACGAAGUAGACGGGCUAGAACUCUGGGACAACAACGGAGGCAAAAACUACGAAUUAGCUUUCGAUAAGUGUUUAAAAUGUCCUGUAAAGGAAUAA